AUGGCCUUCUUAAGCAGUGAUAAUAAAGACAUAGCCCAGCCAAUGGAACUUUCUCUCUUUGCUUCACCCACUAAUCAAGUAGCAGUCGAAAAAGUGUACUUAACUGAAGCCAGACCGAUUUCCAGUAUUGGAGUGUCAGAUACCCCCAUAAAAAUAGUUGUAUCUGGAUCGGGAGCGGAAUAUAUCGAUUUAAAAAGAAGUCGAUUGUAUGUAAAAGCCAGAAUUUUAAAAGCGGAUGGUUCCUCAUUAGCGGCCAAUGAGAAGACUGGAAUUGUGAAUCUACCAUUGCAAAUCUUGUUUGGUGGAAAAGAGGAAUUAUCUUCCCCAAAGCAGUCCCAGUUGUUUUUUAAGGACGAAGGAAAUUUGGGUGACGCGAACGCCUACGAUGGUGGCAAUGCUGGACUAGUCCUGCGCUAUGGCUAUACACAGGAAAGUAAAGUAUUUGAACUGGAGGGUAACCUGAUGGAAGAUAUUUUUGACAUCGACAAAUACCUGAUCAAUGGUGUAGAUAUCUACAUCAAGCUUUUUAGAUCUAGUGCACCUUUUGUAAUGAUGUCAGCAGAGAGCACCCCGGCUUACAGACUGGAAUUACUAGAUGUCGUGUACAAAGUGGCCAAAGUGCGAGUAGAUCCUGGUGUUCUAUUGAACCACAGCAAGCAGAUAGAAUCUACCCCUGUAAAAUACACCAUCUCAAGAAAUGAAUUGAAAAUGAACACCAUUCCUAAAGGAUCUACUGAAUUUUACUGGGACAACAUUUUUCCUCAGGCAGUACCCGACCGCAUCGUUGUAGGAUUGGUAGAUCAGAAAGCUGUAAAUGGGGAUUACACUACCAAUCCGUUUAAUUUCGAGCAUUUUGGUGUAACGGAUGUAGGGAUAUACGAAAACGGAGAAAGCGUCCCAGGAAGACCCUUAAAAACCGAUUUCACGACAGGGCAUUAUUCAUCCGCAUAUGCUCGACUGUUUGAGGUUCUCUGGAAAAUGGAGUCAAGACGCCGGUCUAGUAAUUACUCGAGACAACUUUGGAAGUGGAUAUUCUCUGUUCGUCUUUACCACAGAUCCCUGCGGUUUUGGUAA